AUUCAGUUGCACUGGAGAUGCUUUACUGAGCGGUCAGAACCGUCGUCCCAGCCGGACCGUUCCAAUCCGCCGCGUCUGUGCCCAUAUCGGUCAGAUUCUCUCCGCCAUAGCCACCGGUUUUAGAGCUCCAUUGAGUUUACGUCGUGUGCAGUUGUGUUUUGCUGGGUUCCUCGCGUUUCGCUUGAUUUAUUGAUUGUAUUCCUUGUGUUUUUGCUGUGCUUCUGAUUGCCAUACUCGGAGUGAUCGGUGCACUCGAAGAACAUCGAAACAGCGACGUAUUCCCUUAUCAAAGUGUGGCAAAAGGUCGUGUCGAAGGUGGGUUCCGUGGAAGGUUCGCGCCAUGAGCAUAAGUCGUACAAUCAUACAUGUGAUUAGCUGAAUUACUGCAAGCGCUAGUUCAGCACUCACAAUCAAUAAGCCGAAGUAAGAUGCCUAUGGACUGGUCCCUGCUCCUCGGCACUUUUGUGCUCAUCAGCAGCUCCUCCGUGGAAGCAGCCGCCACAGUGGGUCGGCCCUGCAAGGUGACGGAUACCAUGCCCGGAAUCUGCCGAACCUCCGCCGAUUGUGAGCCCCUGAUCGAUGGCUACAUCAAGUCGGGAGUCCUGACGCUCAAUGAUGUGCCCAGCUGUGGCCUCGGCGCUUGGGGUGAGAUCUUCUGCUGUCCCACCAAGCCGUGCUGUGACAAUAGUACCAUAACAAGCGCUUCCACAAGUUCCACCACAAGCACAAGAUCUCCACCAAUGGGCAGGACGAUCUUAACCAGUGGCCGUGUCGAUGUGUCGAUGUCCGAAAGCGGUGAUCGUCCGGCAGUGGCAGCCUGUAAGAAGAUUCGCGAGCGAAAACAGCAGAGGAGCGGCAACCAAUUGGUCAUACACAUCGUGGGUGGCUAUCCGGUUGAUCCGGGUGUGUAUCCCCACAUGGCGGCCAUUGGUUACAUCACCUUUGGCACCGAUUUCCGAUGCGGCGGAUCGCUAAUCGCCAGUCGCUUCGUCCUGACCGCCGCCCAUUGUGUGAACACCGACGCCAAUACGCCGGCCUUUGUCCGCUUGGGAGCUGUGAACAUUGAAAAUCCGGACCAAUCCUACCAGGAUAUCGUCGUACGAAGCGUUAAGAUCCACCCACAAUAUGUGGGCAAUAAGUACAACGAUAUCGCCAUCUUGGAACUGGAACGUGACGUCGUCGAGACGGAUAACAUCCGGCCCGCUUGUCUCCACACGGAUGCCGCCGAUCCUCCAUCGAACUCCAAGUUCUUUGUCGCCGGUUGGGGCGUCCUCAAUGUAACCACUCGGGCGCGAUCAAAGAUCCUGCUGCGGGCUGGUCUGGAGCUGGUGCCUCUGGACCAGUGCAACAUAUCCUAUGCGGAGCAGCCCGGUUCCAUACGGCUGCUCAAGCAGGGCGUGGUCGAUUCGUUGCUGUGCGCCAUUGAUCAAAAGCUCAUCGCCGACGCAUGCAAGGGCGACUCCGGUGGGCCGCUGAUCCACGAGCUCAACGUGGAGGACGGCAUGUACACCAUAAUGGGCGUCAUCUCGUCGGGAUUCGGAUGCGCCACCGUCACCCCGGGACUCUAUACGCGUGUCUCCUCCUAUCUGGACUUUAUCGAGGGCAUCGUCUGGCCGGACAAUCGGGUGUAAUGUUAGGAAGUUUUUUUUUGCAUAUUAUUUUUUCUAUUUGGGAUCAGGACCUCCCGAUCCACCGCAAUUGGCAUACACUCAUCUGUGAUCUCUAUGAGCUCCGCGAUCCAAUCCAUUUAAUACCAAUAAAGUAGAUACGUUUUAAGAUAGAA